CACCUUUUCCAGAUGAUAAUUAAGUUCCAAACUGCUUGGAAUAAGGAACCAAGACAAUGCGAAGGGAAGCCACAGAGAACCAUGAAGUCCCCAGCAGCUGCAGUCCUGUUUCUAGUGCUGUUUAACCUUGUUCUGGAAUCAGAUACUACAGAUCCCAUCAAUACUCCUACUGUUUUGACACCCAAACAAGAGUCAGAUACUACAAAUCCCAAAAGUAGUUCAACAUCAGAUGAUCCAACACCCAAAACAGAUGCUGACAGUUUUGCACAACCGGAUGCUACUACUGCUACUACUAUUACUACUACUGCUACAGCAGUCAACAACACCAAAACAGGUGCAGCAUCCACUACUGUAGCUGGCAACACAAGUAUUACAAGUACUGCUGAAAUCAACGGUUCUAAAACAGCAGCAGCUACAGCAGCUGGUAACACAAGCUCCUCAACUGGAAGCAUUACCACUGCUAAAAAUGAAGUAGCAAUACCUACUGUAGCUGGAAACACAUCUACCGAUCAGACAUCUGUGGCAAAUAAUGGAAGCGAAGGAGUUUCAGAUUCCACAAAAGCUACUCCCAUGUUAAGCACCUCUGUUUCCAGGGACCCUAACACUACUAAAGGUAUAAGCAGCACGCCUUCAGAGGGCAACUCAGAAUUUAAAGGAACAACUCAGAAAACAGGAAAUACUUCUCUUGGUUUGAAUGACAAAUCAGUUCUAAGGGAAAAUGGAGAGAAUUCCACAACUAAGCCUUCAGAAAAUGACCAAACUUUAAAAGAGAUGGAGCAGUCAUCAAUAAAGCUUACAGGAUUAGCUAUUCCACUUAGCUGCAUUUUGGUCCCAAUUUUACUUGUUGUCGCUGUAUGUCUUUAUAAGAUGUGUCAAAAAAAGUCUCCAGCUGCAGAGAGCACUGACACUAAACUAUCUGCCCAAAACAAGGAGAGUGUUAAACUACUUUCUGUAAAAUCAUCAGCUACUGAUUCAGAUUUGAAAAGAGCAAUGCCCUCCCAUAACACAGAAUUUAUUGCUGAAUGCUAAAGGCCAGUUGGUGACUCUACUCAAUGUGACUGUAUACCAGCAUGUGCUCUCAUUGUAAAUGUAAAAUCUUUUGACUCUUGACGUGGAGGGUGCAGACAAAGUCUGUGACUUUACUACAGUGUUAAAAAUCUGUUAUCCUUUUUUUUGUACUAAUUAGAAUGUAAUGCUUUACUUACAUUUUAACUUGCAAUACCCUUUUCAAUACCACAGGGGUGCCAAAAUUAUUAGCUUUCCCUAUAACAUUUUUUUUGCAGUGGAUAUUAAUUAGAUAGAAUGGAAACCAGUCUCACUGCCCAUAAAUAGUGAUGGGUGAAUCUGUCCUGUUUUGGUUUGCCGAAAAAAGUUCACAAAACAGCGAAAAAUUUGCGA